AAAGAAAGAAAAAACCUCAAAACAACCCGAAGCGAGAGCGCCUUCCCCGUCUUUAGAUGCUCCGAUAAACGGCAUUACAAAUACGGAACCCUGUACGAAGAACAAGUUACAACGUCAAAUCUCGAGAAACGGAGUACUCACUUCUCGUCGAUCAGCUCUCUAGGGAAAGAGAGGAAUAUGCAACAGAGGCUGAAGCUUCAUCAACAACAACAGCAAGCCCUAAUUCAACAAGCCCUUCUUCAGCAGCCUCAGAUGUACCACCCUGGCGUCAUCGCCGCUGCUAUGUCUCAGAUGGAGCCCAUCCCUGGUGGGAAUCUGCCCCCUGGCUUUGACUCAUCUACAUGCUGCAGUGUUUAUGUAGGAAAUAUUCAUGUAAAUGUCACAGAGAAGCUUCUUGUUGAAGUUUUCCAGACUGCUGGUCCUCUUGCAGGAUGCAAGCUCAUCAGAAAGGAUAAGGUUCGGUUUAGUACUCAGUCAUCAUAUGGUUUUGUGGACUACCUUGACCGGACAUCUGCAGCCCUUGCAAUAAUGAAUUUGCAUGGCCGCCAACUUUAUGGUCAGGCACUUAAGGUGAAUUGGGCGUAUACCAGUAAUCAGAGGGAGGAUACUUCAGGACAUUUCAACGUAUUUGUUGGUGAUCUGAGUGCAGAGGUUACUGAUGCGACUUUAUUUGCGUGCUUCUCAGUCUAUCCUAGUUGUUCUGAUGCGAGGGUCAUGUGGGAUCACAAAACUGGUCGCUCAAAAGGAUAUGGAUUUGUUUCUUUUCGUAAUCAGCAGGAUGCACAGAGUGCUAUCAAUGAAUUGACUGGUAAAUGGCUUGGAAAUAGGCAAAUAAGAUGCAACUGGGCAGCCAAAGGUGCUGGUACCAAUGAAGACAAGCAGAUCAAUGACAGCCAAAAUGCAGUUGUACUUACUAAUGGAUCUUCAGAUGGAGGUCAGGAGAAUAUCAAUGAAGAGGCCCCUGAGAACAAUCUGGCAUACACCACUGUCUAUGUCGGCAACCUCUCUCAUGAGGUAACUCAAGCUGAACUCCAUUGUCAGUUUCAUGGUCUUGGUGCUGGGGUUAUAGAGGAAGUGCGUGUCCAGAGGGAUAAAGGAUUUGGGUUUGUCAGAUACAACACUCAUGGGGAAGCAGCCGCGGCCAUUCAGAUGGCUAAUGGGAGGAUUAUUCGUGGGAAGCCCCUGAAGUGCUCGUGGGGUAGCAAGCCAACUCCUCCUGGGACAGCUUCAAAUCCAUUACCUCCUCCAACUCAACCAUAUCACAUCCUUCCGACUGCAAGCAUGAACCAAGGCUAUUCACCAGCUGAGUUGUUGGCUUAUCAGCGGCAACUUGCCUUGAGUCAGGCUGCUGCAUCUGGUCUCUCAGGUCAAGCUCUUGUGCAGAUGACUGGGCAACAUGGCCUGGCUGCUGCUUCCAUGGGGUUGAGCUCUGGGGGAUCGCAACCCUUGUAUGAUGGAUAUCCUAAUAAUUCAUUGGCGCAACAGCUCAUGUAUUAUCGUUAGUGGGUGUUUCCAUGGGAAUUCUGGCCCCUCGUCUGGGUAGGGUUAAUAGCAAAUAAUUUUCCUUUGUCCUGAUCAGUAUCUCUUUAUUAACUUUAAGCUUUACGGUUGAGAUGCAAGUUAGUCUUCAAUUAGUUAACAAUUUUGGUCACUUAUGCUGUAUUGCGUCAAAUUAGGUUUGCUUCACUUUGUAAGGGGUCGGUUUAUGGAACCACCCAAAAAAAAAAAUUUCAUGGUACACUGAUUUAUGGUGCUUUUGAUGUGUUUUAAGUUAAGAUCAUGGUUAGUUAA